AUGGAGGGAAUUAACUUGUUUCAAAUUCCUCUGCAUGUAUGUUGUAUCUGUGUUUGCAGUUACAAUGAGCUGUAUGUGGUAGUGCUACGUAACACCAGCGACGAUGGGCUGAGUUCUGAUGUUGCAUUGUACAAAAUAAGUGGCGAUGGUAUGGAUGCGCCACGGCUUGCGCAUAUUUUAUUACUGGACUUGACUGGCGCAUUUGCAUUACACGUAUUUGAUAAUUUGGUCGUAGUACAUCAUCAGACUUCAAAAGCAUCGUUAGUUUUCGACAUUGGCUUGGAAACAUCUGCGAAAAGCGACUGCAUUUCACAUCGGCCGUUUUUGAAAACGUCGUUGAAUUGCCUGGAUUUGUUGUUAAUUAAGCUGGAGCGUGAAUUCCCUUUAUACAGCCCUUCGUGGGUUAUGUUUCAGCCGAAUCUGAUUGCCGAUGCAAGUGUCGGUGUUUUCACAGCUGUUACGUUGGAUCCACUUGGAACUGUCGGUUUUAUUGAAGAUAAGGUAUUUUCACUAAGCUUUUGCUGCUGUUCUAGAAAAUGUAUUUAUAUUUCCGUUUGCCAUCGUCUUUUGUGCUUCCAGACAUCAAAAAAACAAGUACCCGCGUGCGUCAGAGUACCAGCACAGUCUAUGCUUUUCUUGCAAAAGUAUAUUCAUUAG